AUGACGGUUAUUAUGGAGUCGAUUAUCUGUAAAAAUUAUUAUGGGGAUACCAACACUAUCAACAGCACGACAACUCUUGAUCUUGCGGAUUUCUCGAGUUCUUGGGCUGCAGCUGACGAUCGGCGUUGUAAAAUCGAGCCUGUCCAAAGUGAGCUUGCAAACAUGUGGAAGGAAAGUGGUGCUGGCACUGGCGAUGUUCGGGUUGACACUGGCGAGAGUGUGGAUUCAGGUGGUUUGUUGGUGGCCAGAAGUAUUGCCAUUGCGAAUUAG